UCACCCCCGAACCCAAUGACCGACGCGGCCAUCGACCUUCGUGUCAUCAUCCAGUAUACGCAGGAGAAGUGGGGGCUUAUUGGCAACUCGAUGGACGCGAUUCGGAUAACGCAGAGGGACAUCGAGUUUCUGAGCGCGCAGCAGCCGUUGACGCAGAACAUCAUCUUUUACGCGACGAACGGAUUUGUGAUAUUGAGUUGGACAGGUGUAGCGGGUGCUGCGAGGAAAGCGUUGGUACCGCGAUGGAGGAGGCUCUCCGACCAGCACGACCAUGAGAUGCACGAACUCAGAACAAAGAUUGGAAUUCUCAGGAUCGUAUGCAAUGUCUCACCUCACGGGAACUAUCGGCCGCCUGGUGGCACGUUAACCCGGAACUACAUCCAAGCUGCGGUAUCGGGCGUUGCUAGCCAUAAUGGCGCUGCUAUCUCUUCUGCCCCUAUUACCUCCUCUGCUCCCGUUUCCCAAAGUCACGUUACCCCUCAAGCUGGGCCUUCAACGUCCUCCUCAGCACGUGUUCCCUCUAUUUCAUUGAUAGCUGGAACGAGUUCUUUAGACGACGGUAUCCCUGCUCUCUCUGCUUCAAAACCAACAAGUGGCGUACGGAACGGCGCCGUUGCGAGCACAUUCUCAGACCCUCAGUGGCGUCACAAUGUUACGACUACUUCAGCAGCCCCUCAGGCUGAGAAUGCCCAGCUGGAAUACAUAACACCACUCUCUCGAACUAAUACCCAGGGUUCUCCCGGAAUUCAUUCUUUGGUUCCCGUAAUGCCUCCUCCCCAGCCCACAAGUGAACCUCCUCCUAUUCCACCAGCACACCUCGAAGUCCCGGCGAGAUCCACUGACGCAAAUGUCGUCUCGUCGCUGACAAGGAUAACCGCUCAAAGCCGGGAGGAGUACACCCAAAGACUGUUCAUGCUUAUGGACAAAUCCGAGGAACAGUUGCGACUGGAACGGGCGAAGAUAUAUGUUCUCAAGUCCCAGCUGGAGCGGAUUGGUGUUCGCAGGCGCGUCGAGGAACCGCGAACGGUUGAAGGCGUCACUGCACAGCUGGAUGCUACUCUGCACGUUCUUGAAGUCGAGCGCCGGAGGCGAGUGGAGGCGGAGAAGCAACUCCAGGAAAUGGCCACGGAGCGUCAGGGAUUUCAGCAUCUUGUUCCUGCGAUGCUUGAAGUAUUUCAGGAAGUGUCUUCGGUGACGGACGCUCUCGCUUCCGGGACCGGUCCUUAGGCGCAUAUUGUUGUUCGGGCCGAAUGAGUCGGAUCCUUGCUCAAAGUUACACAUGAUUCAUCCUGGACAUUGCACUUUGGGAUACUGUGAGCAGUCCUAAUAGCAAGGCCAUGCAGUCGUCAUUUUUCCCGGGCAAGCUUCGUCAAUACUGACCUUUCGCUUCUUGCGUCCAACCUUGGUCCGACCAAGCCGUCGGAUGUUGCGGAAUUAGCGCAUACAUCUACUGUUUCUAAGCUUGGUGACUCCUUCACACUACUUGGUCUUAUUUUACGACGUCAUUUACUCUAGUAUCUAUGUCCUGGGAAUUGUACAUUAUAUGACUCGC